CUUUUUGGCCAUUCAAGAGCCCCAAACCUAUCCCGGAGCCCUCUAGCCUCAUUCACUGAGCAGGGGGCAGUCUCACAGGAGCUGGACUGGGGGAGAAACUGUUUUCUGUAUGCCAGUUCCACAGAAGUUUUCCUGAUGGAGUGAGGUGAAGAGCUGGCUCAUUUGGAGCCCUCAACCCUUAGCCAAGAGCAGUUGAGUUUCUCUGGAUGAGAAAUGCUGCUGGUGGUGUUGAUUGUGUUUCUACUGCCCUCUGGUUGUCCCGGACUCCCUUUCUACAAUGGUUUCUACUAUGGAAAUGUCAUGAAUGACAGAAGCUACAGAAAUGGCAACGGAGAAGGUUUCUUCAAUGGGGUGAAGUUGGUGGUGGAGACACCUGAGGAUCCUCUAUUCACUCACCGAGGUGCCAAUGUGACACUGCCCUGCCGCUACCUCUAUGAACCGGCUCUGACCUCUUCACGUCCUGUCCGGAUCAAGUGGUGGAAACUGGGGGAGAAUGGAGCCCCUGAGCGGGAUGUGCUGGUGGCCAUUGGGCUGAGGCACCGAAGCUUUGGGGAGUUCCGGGGUCGUGUUCAUCUGUUACAAGAAAAGGAGCAGGAUGUCUCUCUGGUGAUCCGUGACUUGCGCCUACAGGACUAUGGGCGCUAUCGAUGUGAGGUCAUUGAUGGGCUGGAAGAUGAGAGUGGUGUGGUGGAACUGGAACUGAGGGGUGUGGUGUUUCCCUACCAGCCACCCCAUGGUCGCUAUCGGCUCAACUUCCAGGAGGCACAGCUGGCCUGUGAGAAACAAGAUGCUGUGAUGGCCUCUUUUGAGCAGCUCUUCAGGGCCUGGGAAGAAGGACUGGAUUGGUGCAAUGCAGGCUGGCUCCUGGACGGGACGGUGCAAUACCCCAUCACCCUGCCUCGGCAGCCAUGUGGGGGGCAUGGCCUAGCACCCGGGAUUCGCAGCUAUGGAGAGCGUCACAAGAGACUGCACCGCUAUGACGUCUUCUGCUUCUCUUCCUCUGUGACAGGACGGGUAUAUUAUUUGGAGCACCCAGAGAAGUUGACACUGGCUGAGGCACAAGAGGCCUGUCAGGACGAUGGGGCUCACAUUGCCAAGGUGGGGCAACUCUUUGCGGCUUGGAAGUUCUAUGGCCUGGACCGCUGUGACGCAGGCUGGCUGGCUGAUGGCAGUGUCCGCUACCCUGUCACUCGUCCCCGACCUAACUGUGGAUCCCUAGAUCCUGGAGUGCGAAGCUUUGGCUUCCCUGACAAGGAGAGCCGGAAAUAUGGGGUCUAUUGUUACCUACAGAACUAGGGUUAAGGAGCUGGCCUCCCUUGGCCUGGGCCCUGCUCCCUCUCCUUUUUCCUCCAUCCUUCCCCCUGCUCCCCCUCAGGGCUGGUGUAUUUAUUGAAAGUCUCGUUUUCCCUGAGGGUUGAGGAGAUUUAGAUGACUUUUUACAUUUUUCAACAAUUUGUUUAAACAAUAAUAUUUUUUAUUAUGUGUUUUUUAAAGCCAAAAGAGGAAAUUGAAUUUUACUAAGACAUGCCUUUUUAUAUGACUUUCUUACUUCUGGGCUCCAUCUGUCACCCAGGGCACUCAGUAGGAACAUAGAAUCUUAAAGCUAGAAGGAACUUCAGAGAUCAUCUAGUCCAAUUGUGUCAUUUUAUGGAUGUAGAAAUGGAGUCCCAGAGUAGGGAAGUGAUUUGUCUAAGGUCACACAGCAAGUUAAUGGCAGAACUGGAAUUAGAAUCCAGAUCUCUAGACUCCUUGUCCACAGUUCGUAAAAGUACCCUGGGUUCUCCCUUUUCCUUCUAUUGGUGGAAGUGGGGGUUAUUCCUUAUGUGAGAGGAAAGGAGAGAUUCAGGGGGUGGAGCUCUGUCCAUCUUAUGUUGACAUCCAACAAGACAGGGGACUCUGAAAUCAAGAAUUUGAACAGCUCUUGCUAACUUGGCCUUGUGCCUCUCACACUUUCCUUCCUUCCUCCCAUUUCACUGGGGACUAUUCUUGUCCAGGUGAGUCCAAAUCAGUCCAUCCAAGAAGUCGAUGCUUCAGACAACAUCCCAAGCCCCACAUCUAUGCCUGGCCUAGGGUUUUUGGGUCUUACUCUCAUUUUCUACUUCCUUUCUGGGGAGCUACCAUUAGGUCUGUAUUUUCCAAGAGCUGUAAAUGGUGCUAUGAUUUUUUAAACAAAUGGUAGUUCCUUCUUAGUCCUUUUCCUUCCCUUUGUCUCUACCUCCAUUUUUUUUUUGACUGAACUGGAAGAUGGAUGACAGUACCUCUUGCUCCUUGGUGAGGUAUGGCUGCGCAGAAUGAUAAGAGAGAAAGAAUCAGGGUGCCCACGUGUGUGCAUAUUUGUUGGCAGUGAGUUGAGAAAGUAUGGGAGAAUUACUGCUCCCCUGAGUUGGGGGCUGCUGCCAAGGAAAGGUUUUCUUAAAUGCAUGCAAUAAAUUUGUGAAACAAAGAGAUGGUUCUGAAGGGAGGAGUGAGUGGGAAAAGCCCCUACUGUAUUAGUGAAUCUUUGCUGCUACCGGAGGCUGGAUUCUAGGGUCAGAUUUGUUUUUAUUACAUCUUCACCCAGAGCUGCAACUCUGAGCUGAAGAUGUCUUUAAGGUCUCAUUACAGAAGCACUCUUUGCUCCUAGAGACAUGUAAUACUAUAUAGUUCAAUCUGGAAAAUCCAGGUAAAAUUUUUUGGCCCUUCCUUAAUACCAGAAAAGAAGUCUGAAUUAUUAUGGUAUUAACAGAUAAGACAUGUUGAUGAUAUAUAACGCCAUACAUUUAUUUUAUGCAUUUCUGAGUUUCUAAACCUUUUUGUGUUAUCUGCUGGCCUUUGUGUGUCGUCUGUGGCUUCCACACACUCUCCUAAAAUUCCCAUUUAAUUUCUUGCUGGCCUAGGAUAUAUCAAAACCUCUGUGGAGAAAGUCAAUGUGAAAGAGAUAGCUGUAUAUAGAAAUUCCCUUUUUUUGAUUAUAGUAAAAAAAAUUAGAGGGAGGGGUUCAAGCAGAGAACCAAGUGUGGCCAGUGUUCUACUUCAGACUCAGGCCUGAGGAUUUCUAAGACCAACUGAAGGGUCCUCUCUGCUCUCCCCCACUUACCUUCUGUGGGCCCCAGAAAUCAAAAGUAAAGGAUGGAUUCAAAUUCUGAUCUCCAUUCACUCCAAAUAUUCCUCUGUGAUUUCUCCCCCAUUUUCUUCUCAGUGUCUAAUCCUUUCCAUAUACCCCUUCCAAGUGCAUAAACCAACUUCCUUAAGUACAUUCUGUUUCCAGAGCACUGUAUGAAGCCCAGUUCUUGACCUGACUAUGAAUCCAUGAAGACACACACACAGAUAUGCAUAUCCACACAUACAUACUCCAUCAUGUUAGCCUCAGUUUUCUUGUCUGUAACAUCAGGGGGUGGGUGAGAUGACCUCUCAUAUCUCUUCUAGCUCUAAAUCUAUGGUCCUACAGAAAUCAUUUUGAUAAGAAUAAACUGAAGUAGGUUUUACUGUAUAUGGUUUAUAGCAGCUUGUCUGCUGUACAGAUACCUAGUUCCAAGUUUCCUUUGAGCAAAAAGGAUUUAUAACCUUUGGAGAGUUAGCCAAAAAG